AUGAAACGGAAAAUGGAGACAAGUGAUCAUGAACAAGAAGAAGAAGAACAAGACGAACAGCCGACCACUUCUGUGGACAAAGUUCUCGAUGCUGGUGAAAAGAAAAAGAAAAUCACACCUGGUGUGAUUUACCUCAGUCGCAUUCCUAAUAAGAUGAAUGUCACGAUUAUUCGGUCCUAUUUCGAUCAGUAUGGUCAUACCGGACGAAUCUAUUUACAAUUAUCAAAAAAUGAAGGUAAAGGCAAACGAGAACGCGGUCCGAAAUACACAGAAGGUUGGGUGGAAUUCAAAUCUAAACGUGAAGCGAAGUUGAUCGCAAAACAAUUAAACAAUCAACAAGUGGGUGGACGAAGACGAACGCCAUGGUAUGACGAUAUUUGGAACAUUAAAUAUUUGUCGAAAUUCCGAUGGACACACCUUCACGAACGGUUUCAGUAUGAAAAUGAAGUACGAAAGAAACGUCUCCGACAAGAAGUUCUUCAAGCCAAACGUGAAGCAAACUUGUAUAUUGAAAACGUUGAAAAAGGACGAAAAUUGCGUAAACUGGAGAAGAAAAUGGAGGCAGCACCUGAAGGAUUAAAUAUUCGGGAAUGGAACUAUGAUCAGCAAGAUCCACAUGAAGCUGCCAUGCGACGAAAGUCCAAGAAAAAAGACCAACAACAAUCGACUGGACUACCUGAGAAUUUGUUAAAAGCGAUCUUUCCGUCUUGA